CGUCGAACUCUUUUAAAUCAGGACACACCGACCGCCACGCCCGCAUUUUACUCACGACGACCUUGUUGACAGCACGAAGCCGUUCAAGUGAAACCCAGCCCAGUCCCUCCACUUUCCACGACAUAAACCCUCCGAACAAACAUAACAUGGCGACCGCAGCCACUCUCAAGCUCGAGCCAGCCACUCUAGAAGAUGUCCCUACCAUCACCGAAUUAUGGUUUUCGGCCUUCACAGACCCAGACAUGCAACACUUAUUCCCAAACACCCCCGCAAUGCGCCAAUGGUGGACCGAUGCCAAUCGCAACGACAUGAUCAACAAGCCCUUCCAAAAAUAUAUCAAAGUGGUCGAUACACAGUCCACCGACAAGCAGGGCCGACCGCGGUUAGUUGCGUAUGCGAAAUGGGACACGUCCAAGCUUUCCGAUCGGGGUCGUCGCUAUCCAGCUUGGCAUGAGGAGCAGCCUGGAGAUGAAUGUGAGGCCUUUUUUGGUGGGGUCGAUCAAGAUCGGAUUCGUAUUAUGGGGGAUUUGAGGCAUUAUUAUCUUGACAUGCUUGGUACACACCCGGACUACAGAAAGCGAGGUGCUGGCUCUAUGCUCGUCCAAUGGGGUUGUGAUUUGGCCGAUCGUGAAGGGGUCGCAGCGUAUGUGGAUGCUAGUAAGGCUGGGGCUCCCUUGUAUGAGAAGUUUGGGUUUGUGGACCACAGUGCGCCCGGUUCCACGAGUGGAGUUGCCUCGAUGGCGCGGAAGUAGUAUAGAUUUUUUUUGUAUAGAGCUUUGAAGGGACUUUGUGUCGUUGUGCUAGCCUAUGUAUUGCAUUAAAAAAUACUUACCUAUGCUUGGGUUGUCGCAUG